UUCCUCUUCCUUUCUCUCUCUCCAAAGAUUGAAAAAUGGCUGCAGAAGUAGAAAUACAUAAUCACCAACCCAUCAGCAACAGCCCCAAGAAGAACCUUUCAUGGCCGAAACUACGCCGUUUCGACUCUCUAGACAUCGAGGCCACCAACCUCCAUCGCUCCUCCAAGGCGGCGGUGGGGUGGUGGGUGACGCUGCAGCUGGCGUUUCAGAGCAUCGGAAUAGUGUACGGAGACAUUGGAACGUCGCCGUUGUACGUGUUUCCGAGCAGUUUUCCGGCGGGGAUAAAGCACGACGACGACGUUUUGGGGGUUCUCUCGUUGAUUUAUUAUACUCUCACCUUCAUUCCUCUGCUUAAGUAUGUCUUCAUCGUCUUGCAGGCCAACGACAAUGGCGACGGAGGAACGUUUGCACUGUAUUCUCUACUUUGCCGAUAUGCAAGAAUAGGGCUAAUACCUAGCCAACAGGCCGAGGAUCGAGAGGUUUCUAACUACCGGUUGGAGACUCCGAACAACCGGAUGCGGCGGGCGUCGAAGUUAAAGUCACAGCUCGAGAACAGUCGCUUCGCCAAGCUCUUCUUACUGUUUGCCACCAUGCUCGGAACUUCUAUGGUCAUUGGCGAUGGCAUUCUCACUCCUUGCAUUUCUGUUUUAUCAGCUGUUGGAGGUAUUAAGAGAGCUGCAUCUUCAAUAACACAAGAUACAAUUGUGGGGAUAUCAGCAGGGAUCUUGGUGUGCCUUUUCAUGGCUCAAAGAUUUGGAACAGACAAAGUUGGGUACACUUUUGCCCCAAUUAUAUGCAUUUGGUUCAGUUUCAUAGCUGCAAUUGGCUUCUAUAAUUUUGUGAAGUUUGAUCCCUCAGUCAUCAGAGCUGUAAACCCUAAAUACAUAAUUCAAUAUUUCACAAGAAACAAGACCCAAGCUUGGAUUUCUCUUGGUGGAAUUGUUCUCUCCAUAACAGGGACAGAAGCAUUAUUUGCUGAUGUUGGGCAUUUCACAGUGAGAUCAAUACAAAUAAGUAUGUGUUGUGUUACGUACCCAGCAUUAUUGCUUGCUUACACAGGACAGGCCUCCUUCCUUCGUGCCCACAUUCAUGAUGUUGGAGACACCUUCUUCAAAUCCAUUCCAGGUCCUUUGUACUGGCCAAUGUUUGUGGUGGCUGUACUAUCAGCCAUUAUAGCAAGCCAAGCUAUGAUUUCAGGGACAUUCUCGGUAAUUCAGCAAUCUCUUUCACUUGGGUGUUUCCCAAGAGUCAAAAUUGUGCAUACCUCUGCCAAAUAUGAGGGCCAAGUUUACAUCCCUGAAGUUAACUUUCUCCUCAUGCUUGCUUGUUUGGCUGUCACUAUAGGCUUCAAGGAGACUGAGAAGAUAGGCAAUGCUUAUGGUAUAGCUGUCGUGUUCGUAAUGACUCUUACAUCCUCGUUCUUAGUACUGAUCAUGAUCAUGAUAUGGAAAACCCACAUGGUUUUGAUAAUCUUUUACGUUGUUGUCAUUGGUUCUGUGGAGCUUUUGUACUUGAGUUCAGUUCUUUACAAGUUUGACCAAGGUGGAUACCUUCCGCUGGCUUUUGCCUUUGCACUUAUGGCCAUAAUGUACACUUGGAACUCUGUGUACAGGAAAAAGUACUACUACGAGCUUGAAAACAAGAUCUCUUCUGAACAACUCAAGGAAAUUGUUUCGAGUGCGAAGCCUUGUGGGGUUACAGGGCUUGCCAUUUUCUACUCUGAGCUUGUGCAAGGGAUUCCCCCCAUUUUCAAGCUUUACAUGGCCAAUGUGCCUGCCCUUCAUCAGGUCCUCAUCUUCGUCUCGAUCAAAUGGUUGCCUAUAAGCAAGGUCUCAUCCGAAGAGCGGUUUCUGUUUCGUCGAGUCGAGCCGAGAGAACUUAAUAUUUUUCGAUGCGUUGUGCGAUAUGGCUACACGGACGGCCGCAACGAGCGAGAGUCGUUCGAGAGGAGUUUGGUGGAAAGAUUGAAGGGUUUUUUGAGGGAUGAUAUUUGGGGUUGUUCCAACGUGGAUGAUGAGGAGGAAGAUGAGAAUGGGGUCGAGGAAGAGAACCAAAAAAUUAGAGAAGUGGCAUUGAAGAGAGACAUUGAGGAAGUGGAUAAGGCAUGGGAAAACGGCGUCGUUCACUUGGUUGGAGAAAGUGAAAUUGUUGCUAGGGAAGGAUCCAACAUUUGGAAGAGGGUUUUGAUAGACUAUGCUUACAAUUUCUUGAAGAACAAUUUGAGACAAAGUGACAAAGUUUUUGACAUUCCUAACAAAAAUUUGCUCAAAGUGGGAAUGACAUAUGAGCUUUAGGUAAAAUGGGUUUGAUCAAUUGGCAUAUAUUGUGUAUUUAAAGAGUAGAAAAGCUUUACAUUUUGUAAGAUGCAAGCAAAAUGAUGAUUAAAUAAAUGAG